GAGAGUUCCAGACAGGGCAAUCCCUCAGCUUGUGCUAAGGUGGCUGGAGACACCUGUGCGAUAAUGGCAGUGGCCUGGGAGGAGUAUUUCCGGCUGGUCUUCGGAGAGAAAGUGCUUCUGAAGCCACUGGAGCAGACUGGGGAUGACACUUCCACCUUGCAGUUUAUAUUGGAGAAGAAGGAAGAGCUAGCAGCUGCAGACCGAGGUCUGCAGGCCCAGAAGAAGGAAUUCCGCAGCAGGAUUGAGUCCUUGAACCAGCGCUGGACAGAGCUGGAGCAGAAAGGGCAGGCGCUAAAGGGGUCUGUCAUCUCCUUUGACAAAUUCCGGAAGGAAGCUGAGACUCGGCGUGCAGCGCGGAAAGCCAUAGUGGAGCGGUACAAAAUGCGCAACCUGGACGCAGAGCUGCGGCGGCUGCGAGCACAGCUAAAGGAGCUGCGGGUGCAACGCACGCGGCUGCAGCGGAAAGUGCGGCUCCUGCAGCCCUGCGCACGCGUGCUGGAGCGCGUGCUGGAGAAGCAGCCAGUGUUUCAGGAGAUUUCUGACCUGGUGGCACGCUUUGAGAGCCUGGUAGACACACAGGCAGCCCUGAAGCUGGUGGAGCAAAAACGACAGGUGGAGAUGGAGGAAACCCGAGCACAGCUGCUUAGUCUGCAGAAAGCGAAGCAGGAUGAGAAGUUGCGUCUGAGCCAGCAACGUACGAAACUGUGCAUGCAGUUGGAGGCAGCCCGUGAGCUCACACAGCAGAGGGAAUACAAGUGGACUGAAAUUCAGAAGUCAGCAUCGGAAAAGGCGCUGCUCCUGGGACGCGUGAGGAUGGCUGUGCUCAACUUGUACCAGCUUGUCCGUCUGAAACAGGGUGGGAGGAGUACCCUGGACGUGGAGGACAUGGAGGGACAGCUGGAGGAGGUGAAGCUGUUUAUCAUGAGCGCCUCAGCCACACUGGCCAACUAUGCCAAGGCGAAGUCCACAGCUACUGUCUCCUAAUCCAGCCAGGUGAACAGUGAAAGGGACCUGAGGGACCAAGUCCCACAUUUCUUGGUGUGCAGGCUCAACACACCGCUCUCUGAAUAUCCUUUCUCCUGGGCAAGACGGAGUGAUGACGACUCACGCCACUAUGAGCCUUCCACAGGACAUUCAGUAUGAACUCAGUUAAGUAGACAAUGGGUUGACAGCUGGGCUGGUCACUCUAUCCACAACAGGCUGGAGACAGGCCUCUCCCAGCUGGCUGGGGGCAUUGGACAAGCUCAGAUGGGGCUAGUGCACUCCAAGAUGGGUGCUUGCUAUGUACAGUGGAUCUGAGUAGCAGGUAUACCAUCUGCUCUUCGGGCCCAACACGGUAGUCUCCAGUGUGUGUGUGGCCUGCACUAGGAUCCAGCCGCUGAAGGAUGCUUGACACCCCCCCCCCCCAGAACCUCAAGCAAGAGGGAGGGAAAGCCACUAGCAGAGGGAUGGCGCAGGCUGGCUCUCUCUUCCACGUGCAGAAGGGCAAUGCCACCACAGCUCUCCUCCAAUCUGCUGCGAUCCAGAGCUGCCUGGGGUGCCUGCAUCCAAUCUCAUUUUCCUCAUCUCAGUGGCCAGGAACACAGGCAUGGCCACCGACUUUCAGCCUCGACAACAGCUAAGACAUCCUAAGGAAGCUACACUCCUGGUCUACUAGAGGCAGUGAAGUUUAUUACAUUAAAACUCAAUACUGGGUCAAAG